AUGAGGGAUAUCCAUUCCACAAGUGAGGCCCCAGGCCUCAGCUGGCGAUCUUCUAAACUGUUCAUCCUCUCGACAAUCGCAAUCGCGCUGUUCGCGGAAACAUUCCUCUAUGGCUUCCUUGUGCCUAUGUUGCCAUACAUCUUUCGAACGCGACUACAUGUGAAUCAAGCCAAAAUUCAGGAACUAACGUCACUUGUGCUCGCCGUGCAUGGAAUGGUCUCGGUUAUUUCAGGUCCCAUCAUCGGCCACUUUGCAGAUAAAACCUCGAAUCGCAAGGUCCCACUACUACUAUCACUUUUCGCGUGUACAGUCGGUACUAGCAUGAUCGCUUGCUCAAGCUCACUUGCUAUGCUCUUUAUUGGCCGUGUGAUGCAAGGUAUUGCUGGAUCCUCAGUGUGGAUUAUUGGCUUCGCGACCGUGGCUGCUACCGUGGGUGGAGAUAAUAUGGGUAAGGUCGAGGGUAUAAUGAUGUCCUUCCUCUAUUCUGGAUUGAUAGGAGGCCCGUUCAUUUCUGGUCUGCUCUUAGAGUAUGUGGGCUAUUGGUUGACAUGGUCGCUACCGCUCUUGCUUCUCUGUAUAGAUUUCUGCGCACGUCUAGUCAUGAUCGAGAGACGUCUAGUCCUGAUCGAGAGCCGACCUGUGGAGCUUUCCAGUAGCAGGCGAGAAUCGACAGAAUCAAGAACGUGUGAUGCUACUAGCCCGUUCCUCGCUCCACGCGAAAACCCUCAAACUCGGUCUACUGCAGGGAAUUUCUGGCGUAUUAUCCUCACUGAUAAUAGAGCGCUGACUGCGUUGUUUGUUGCUGUAUCGACAACAACGGUUGGCACAAGUUUCCAUGCUACGCUCCCCAUUCAUGUACAGGAAACAUUCGGCUGGGGCUCAGGAAAAAGUGGGACAUUGUUUGCUUUUCUCAUUAUGCCAACUCUCCUGGUCAGUCCAUUGGCAGGAUGGUUGCGCGAUCGUUUUGGUGUGCGGUAUCCUGCCAUGGCAUCUGCGGCUUUUCAAGCAGUGAUGUUUGGGCUCUUGGGCCUUGCCGGUACCGAUUUACUCCCUUGGAGUAGUGCUCAGACCGGAGGUGGCACGUUGUACACGGGCUGCAUUCUCGCCAUCGGCGUAGCGCGGCCAUUCACGACAAACGUAGGCCCCGUCGAACUUUCCGGUCAGUGCUAA